GUGCCCUCUCUCCCCAUGUGCACAUUUCCUCUACCUCUUAUGCUCAGAUGAUGAGUGCCUCUUACUGAAGACUGACGGACUGUGAAGAACCUGCAACCAGAACUCUACAGUAUCUGGAUCCAAGGUGCUACCUCUGUUCUUCUCGCUCUCUCCUCCAUUCUUCUCUCAUUCCUUCUCAUCGAGAGGAGGUUCUUGAGGUGCCAGCCAAACCUGAGGGCCGUCAGACCCCGAGAGGGACACGGUAGUGAGAGGUAACCAUGACAAACCCAUGCAUGGUGUUUCUGGAACUGCUUGGGAUGCUGAUCGGGAUGGGCGGCUGGUUUUGUUCAUUGGCAGCCACCAUCAUGCCUCAGUGGUUGUCACUUUCUACUGAACUAAUGGGCAUGGAGAGCUACGAACAAGGGCUUUGGGAGGCUUGCGUGAUCCAGGAGGUUGCUGGCACGGAGUGUCGCCCCUAUGAUACUAUCCUAGGCCUCGAGCCCAAGUUUAUGCUGGCCCGUAUUCUAAUAUGCAUUUCGGAUGCCACAUGUCUUCUCGGACUCCUCCUCACCAUUCCUGCCAUGAGUCAGAUCAACUGCUUGAAGAGUGAUGAGGGAAGGAGGACCAAGCGAGGUUUGAAGAUCACGGCUGGUGUGUUUUUAUGCAUCGCUGGAUUGUUUGUGCUCUUUCCCGUCUCCUACGUCGCUCACGAUAUUGUUACUAAGUUCUUUGAUGAGACCAUACCUCAUGUGGUGCCACGUUCAGAGUUUGGGGACGCACUGUUUAUCGGCUGGGCUGCAGGACUUCUUGACGUUGUGGCAGCCGUGCUGUUAUUCGCCUCUUGCUCCGACUCAAGAGACAGUGAACCACAUCUGGUGCAUCACUUUCAAAGGCAGGAGAUCAGAACUAUUGAUGGUUCGAGAAAACGCACUGAGUAUGUUUGAGGUACAUUUGUUGUGUAAUGCCUAUUAGUGUUGAUGGAGCAGCAAAAAAAACUUUUGGAUAAUAUCGUCUGGAAAAUGUUUAUACUUAGAUUCAGUGUAUCCAUCAAUCAAACUCUUGAAACAGGUAAAUCAUUAUUAUGAUGCAUUUGUCCUUUAAUAUCUGAGUAGUCUAUUUGAUUAUUUGUAUUAUCAGUAACGUAUUAAUAUUGAAAAGUUGCCAAUACGUUUUCAGUUGCUUUAAUAGAGAUUUAAUGAUUGAAAAAAAAAAAGACAACAGUAUUUUUUCUUGGCAUUUUGUGGAGUUUUGAUCACAGAUUUUGUGUGCUUUAAUAUACGUAUAUAUAACCAGAAAAGCAUAAAGCUAAGAUUUUGGUCUUCUUUGUUUUGUGUGCAUUUUCACACUGUACAUCUAGCACUCAAUGCCACCUGCAAAAGUACUUCUCAAUUUGAAGGAUGUAUCCUGGCAAGUCUCCAUACCUCGGCAGGCACGUCAUCAGGGCACAAAUGAUUUUAGAGAGGAAGACAUUGUUUUCUUUUGUUUUGUUGUACAUGUAACACAUAAUGCUAAACUAUGCAUCGUGCUAGAAGAUUGCAGAUGCUUGUCAUUAAAUAUACUUCAGUAAUACAAAGUCAGGUAAUAUAAAGAUUUUAAUAUAAAGUAUUCUUCAAAUUAUAAUUAUAAUGUUUUCUCACACUAGUGUUUAAAUUCUGAGCAGGACUGUACAACUAAAUCCUCGGAAGGACUGAAGGACUUAUUAGGAUGCAGCCUUCCGUUUGAGAAACAGCCAUUCUUUGGAGAUCUUUGUCUGUAAACAGCACCUGGAAAACAGCUUGUACUAAGCCAGAAUACUGUCUAUUUUAGUAAGAAAUAAAAGAUGCUUAUUUACACAUA